AUGGCAGCUCAUAAUGUUCAAUUUCAAGAAGAAACUCGGAACAAUCAGAAAAACACCACAUCAUCCAUAAAGAAUCUUGAAGUACAAAUGGGUCAAAUCGCUAAGCAAUUAGCUUCGAGUUCUCAAGCACAAGGUGCUCUACCGAGUGCAACCGUGAAAAAUCCUAGAAAGCAUAAUAAUGUGAGUGUUGUGACAACAAGAAGUGCUAAAUCUGAUGAAGUAGUCGAGGAGGUGGAUGAAGAGGAAAAUCAAUUGAUUGAAGUGGAUCUUGAGAUCAAAGAAAAUAAAGUUGCGAGGGAAGAAAUGGUAGCACCGAAACCUGUUGUGAAAAAAACAUUCAUUGAGCCUAAACCGGUUGUUAAGCUCCCCUUCCCCACUAGGCACAAGAAAAAGGGACAACAUGAGAAAAACUUUGAAAAAUUCUUAGAGUUGUUCAAGAAGCUAGAGAUCAACAUUCCUCUGUUGGAGGCACUUGAACAAAUGCCUACUUAUGCCAAGUUCAUGAAAGACAUCAUUUCGAAGAGGCGAACCAUCGACACCAACCCGAUUAUUCUAACCGAAACUUGUAGUGCUAUUUUGCAGGGUAUGAAGAUUCCAAUAAAGAAGAAAGAUCGAGGAGCUAUUACCAUCUCUUGUACUAUUGGAGAUAGGUCAUUCAACAAAGCUCUUAUUAAUCUGGGAGCUAGUGUGAGUCUUAUGUCGUUAUCCAUUUACAAGAAGCUUGGUAUAGGGGUUGUGCAAGACACCAGGAUGACACUCAAACUCGCCGAUCAUUCGGUCAAGAAACCGUAUGGUACUGUUGAAGAUGUUCUUGUGAAAAUUGACAAGUUUGUAUUUCCGGUAGAUUUUGUAAUUCUUGAGAUGCCGGAAGAUGAAGAGAUCCCGCUCAUUCUUAGGAGACCCUUUUUAGAAACAGGACGGGGUUUGAUAAACAUAGAAGAAGGAACUAUGACGCUAAAGGUUUAUGAUGAGGAUUUGAAAAUUGAUGUUCGAAACACCAUGAGGUACAAGGAUGAUAUUUGUACCAGUCACAGUAUAGAGGUUCUGGAUCAGGUGAUGACAUAUGAUAGUCCUUUGAAUGCACCACAAUCACCUUUGGAAAGAGUGUUGAGUUUGCCCAUUUUCGAUAGUGAUAAAGAAGUGGACAACGGGGAAUCUGAAGUGAUGGCCUUGUUAGAUGCAUAA